AUGCCGCGGCCCCGGUACUCCGAGUCCUUCAGCGUCCGCUGGCACAGCCUCGCAAACCCGGCGACGCCCAGCGCCGACAUCAUGUCGUCGCCCGAUCCCCUCAACGACGCCACCGAGCAGCUGCUGCCGCCGCCGUCGUCGCGCCGCGUCACGCGCAGUAGUCUGCGGUCCCAGCGCUUUGCCUCGGUCACCAGCUCGCCGCGGAAGCAGAUGUUCGAGCUCCAGGUUGGCGAUAAUCGCUCCCCCCAGAAGCUAUGGGUCACGGUCGAGACGGAUGCCGCCGCCGCCGCCGCCGCUAUCCGCCCUUCGCGCGGCACCAGUCGCAAGCUCUUCCAGUCGCCCGCCUCUACGCCCGCCGCCGCCCGCCGCCGCCACCAGCGCGCCGUCACCACCACUGUGCCCCUGCAAGCCUCCAUCGAGGAGGAUGAGCCCGGUCCGGCCGACGACACGGCCGCGACGCCAAAGCGCAGGGGACGGCCUCGGAAAGUCAACGGCACGCCAAUGCCCAGCGCCGCGAAGCGAAAGGCUGCCGCGCCAGCAGAUACGAGAAGCCCGCGCCGUCCCCGACUCGCCAAGACAAGCCGUGAGCCCGACGAGGCGCAAUCGCAAUCCAGCGUACAGCCAACGCCAAGGUCGGCGCGUCGCGGUCGCCCGCCGAAGAACAAAAAGGCCCCGGAGCCGUCAUUCGAGACUGGAGCAGAAGCCACACCCAAGGCCUCGCCUACGAAACGGCAGCGACGGACAAGACAGGCGACAGUUCCUGAGGAACUGGAGGAGCUCGCGGAGCCGGAAGCCCGAGAUCAGCCCCAAUCGGCAUCUCAAUCUGCGACUGCGAGCGAAGACGGAAUGGACCUCGUCGGAGCGCCCGGGAAACUGCCAUCAGCCUCCCCGCCUGCAGAUCCUGCGCCCGUCGACGAUGACCACGACGCCGAUAUCUGGAUGGCCACCAUAUCGAACGAGGAUACCCCAAGAGCCACGGCUCUGCCCACCCAGGCACCGUCUUCGCCUUCUCCCUCCCGUGGCGCGCCCGAAGAAGCGCCGCAGCCAGAUGCUGAUGACAUGCUGGAUUCUGAUGGAGGAGCCUCAGCAGCCGGCGACUAUGUCGACUUCGCCCCCGCCGCAAGCGACAUAUCCUCCCUCGACGAGCCAGUAAACGCCACUUCGCCGCGGCGACCCGACGAUACAAUCGCGCAAGGAGAAGACUUUAGCAUGAUUUUUAUGGAUUCUAUACCCUCGCUGCAGGGAGCCUUCAAGAGCUCCAUUCCUCCUGCAGCGCACGAGGAGCUGGGCGAAGAAACGAGUCUCAUUAUCAAUAAUACACUUGAAUCUCUCAGGCAGGAGGGUGGUGCGGAGGACGUCGAGGCGGAAUCAUGCGCCUCUGCGCAACCGACACCCGCGCAAGCCGUGUCGCAUCCUGACCAGGACGAGCUGGCCUCCAACGAACCCACACCGACUCGAGCGACGGCCGCCAGAUCCCAAAGUCGGGGACCGAGUCCCAGGUGGUCGCGCACCCCCCGCAAGGCCGCCGACUCCUCGCCGCUCCGGCAUCGAGUCCUGAGGCUUAAAGCGAGGCAAGCGGAGGAAUCUGCCGCAGUUGGUGCGGACAAGAUGAGCGAGGAGGAUCUCCUCGCCACCUCUCAGCGCAUAGAGUCUGGUCGCUCCAAUGGCGAGACAUCAUAUGCGUAUGAGGACUCGUUUUCCGAGAUUCCACAGGAGAUUCUAAUAUCUGCGACACCGGGGCAGCCUAAUACUGUAAUACCGUACGGUGGCGACGGUGAUGAACAUGAAGAAGAGGAAAGGAGAGAGGUGGAGGAUAAGGAAGUGGAAGAAGAAGAACGUCCGGACCUGCUACAAGACGACGAUCAACUGCGACAGGAGGAUGGCGGACCUGUCCAGGGCGAGAACGAAGCGGCCCUCGACGAGCCAGCGCCAACAUUGGGCUCCAGUGCCAGUUCAGCCCGGUCUGAGGCAGGACGCUUGCCAACGCCGGAUGAUACACCUCCACAACCUGAAUUCCAAGAUGCGGAGGAGCAGGCCAAGUCUGAUCAAGCAUCCGGGACAUCUUCGAAACCUGCGCCGCCCUCGGAAGCUCCAGCUGAGCCGGAAGUCAUUGACGCGCGCGUGCCGGAACCGUCCGACGCGGCCGAGCAGCCCGAACAGUCCCAGUCACCGGAAGCCGCGGAGCCGUCGACGCAAUCGGUGGAGGCGACGCCGGUUCACCAGAUAUCGUCCCCCCUCCAGGAGCCGCAGUCGGUGCAGCAGGAAGCGUGGCACGACAAGACAGCCCGGCCGGCUCUAUCUGCCAUUGUCCGGGCGGGCAGGGCUCUGCAGAGCAUCACGUCGGACCCGCCAUCCCCCGAAGGCCGGGAGAAGCAGCUCGGGAGUCCGUUUCGGAGCUCCGGCAGCAGAGACUCGUGGAAUGGGUCCCUCAACAGCCAGACCAGCCGGCGCAUGAGCAAAAGCCCUCAGCAGUUGCUGACCUUUGCAGAAGCCAGGGCGCCUUCUGGCAGCCCGGCCAGAGAGGAUCCGUUCGGCGCGGCGUCCCACAGUACCACCGGCCAGACUCACUUCAUGCAGGCACUGGGCGUGAGAGUGCCGGCAGAGCAGGCCCUUUCGCCCGUGAGGGGGUCGCCGGGCAGUUCCAUGCGCUUCACCCCGAACAGCGACGGCGCCAUGAGCUGGAUUGCCAGGGAGGGGCCCAUAAGUCCUGGGCUGAGAGGGGACAACUCGUUGCAGGAAGCUGCUCGCCGCUCGUCCAGCGCCGGAGCGGUCCCCUCCCUCGGGCGGCUUGGCGGAGCGGCGCCGGCGCCGGCGACGGACGGGGGUAGCGGAGGAGGCAGCACUGAGGAGCGAGACGACGAGACGGACAUUUGGGAGCUUGAGGCGCAACGCGAGACGCCGCGGGUCACCCGGCAGCAGCCAUUCGGCAAGCGAGUCGCCCCCCAAGAGGGCAAACGCUCCUCGCGAUCCAGCAGCCUUGCCUGA